GCGUCUCUGCUAACACUCUGCGACCACUAGUAUUUUAUUCUUGAGCACACCCACAAUCCAUCUCUCUCACUCUCUCUCUCUCACACACACACACAUACUACAGAGAAACUCAUAAUCUAAAUUGAGAUUUAUAAAGUUCUCUAGAUAGAGAAACAAACCCAAACAACUAUUUGAACACCAUUCACAUCUCUCUCACUUUCUCUCUAUAAACUCUCCUUUUUCUACUUGUGUAUCUAUAGUUCGAUUCAGAACCCUAGAGAGAGAAAUCAAGGCAAAGCAUUUCGCCUCAAAUCACACCCCUCUCGAUAUACCUAUAUAGAUGUGUAUUUAUCUGUAUUUUGCGUGUUUAGAGAUUUGAAACACUACAGAUUGUGUGCAAAGGAGGCUUAGGUAUUUGAUGUGAGAGGGAUUAGGGUCAGAUCGGAGAUGGCGGAGUUUUCCGGCGAAGGAGGGGUUUCAAGAACGCCGGAGCUGAGUUUCGGAGAUAAUGAUGGCAAUGUACGGGCGACAGCAACGAUUGACGCCAUGAUUGCGACGGGAAUGGCCACUGCGACGCCGUUGACGGUGUCGGGAUCGUUCAGGGACGGGAAGAGUGGUUCGUCGAGGAGGAGAGCUUCGGUGAGGCCAAGUUUGGACGCGGAUGAGUUCAUAAAUUUGCUUCACGGCUCGGAUCCGGUGAAGGUAGAGCUUAACCGGUUGGAGAAUGAAGUCAGAGAUAAGGAUCGAGAGUUGGGGGAAGCGCAAGCGGAGAUCAGGGCGUUGAAGUUGUCAGAGCGACUCCGAGAAAAGGCCGUUGAAGAGCUCACUGAAGAAUUGACGAAGGUGGAGGGGAAACUCAAGUUAACAGAAUCUCUUCUAGAAAGCAAAAAUCUUGAAAUUAAGAAAAUCAAUGAUGAGAAGAAGGCCUCCAUGGCAGCUCAGUUUGCAGCAGAAGCCACUCUUCGAAGGGUUCAUGCUGCUCAGAAAGAUGAUGAUAUGCCUCCAAUUGAAGCCAUCCUUGCACCCCUAGAGGCUGAGCUCAAGCUUGCUCGACAGGAGAUUGCAAAACUGCAGGAUGACAACAAAGCAUUAGAUCGCCUUACCAAAUCGAAAGAGGCUGCUUUACUUGAAGCUGAAAGGACUGUGCAGGUUGCCUUGGUGAAGGCUUCUAUGGUGGAUGAUCUCCAAAAUAAGAACCAAGAGUUGAUGAAGCAGAUAGAAAUUUGCCAGGAAGAAAAUAAAAUUCUUGACAAAAUGCACCGCCAAAAAGUUGCAGAGGUCGAAAAGCUCACCCAAACUGUGCACGAGCUUGAAGAGGCUGUUCUUGCUGGUGGUGCAGCUGCAAAUGCUGUGAGGGAUUAUCAACGGAAAGUUCAAGAGAUGAAUGAGGAAAGAAAAACUCUUGAUAGGGAGCUGGCUCGUGCAAAAGUAACAGCAAACAGGGUGGCGGUUGUAGUAGCUAAUGAGUGGAAAGAUGCAAAUGACAAAGUGAUGCCUGUAAAACAAUGGCUUGAAGAAAGAAGGUUCUUGCAGGGUGACAUGCAGCAAUUACGGGACAAACUCACUAUAGCUGAGCGAACAGCAAAAUCUGAAGCACAGUUGAAGGAAAAAUAUCAAUUACGGCUGAAAGUAAUAGAAGAGACUUUGAGAUCAUCAAACACUAGCAAUCGCAGCAUUUCUGAUGGAAGAUGUGCAAGUAACGGUCCUUCACGUCGCCAAUCCUUGGGUGGAGCUGAUAACAUCUCGAAAUUGACCUCCAAUGGCUUUUUACCUAAGAGAUCACCAUCCUUUCAGUCGAGAUCUACUCUGUCUUCUGGUUCUAGUACUGUGUUGAAGCAUGCAAAAGGAACAUCAAAGUCAUUCGAUGGUGGCUCACGAUCAUUAGAUAGGGGUAGAGCCCUCUUAAAUGGAGCAGGUCCAAAUUUUAAUCUCAACCAGUCCUGUGAGGGGACUAAGGAGAGCGAGGCAAAUAAUAAUUCCUGGGAAGGCAGCUCAGAUGAAAAACCUAGUAACUUCCCAGCUACAGAUACAGAGGAUACAGUGCCGGGAUUGUUGUAUGAUAUGCUACAAAAAGAGGUGAUUGCAUUGAGGAAAGCUGGUCAUGAAAAAGAUCAAAGCCUUAAAGACAAGGAUGAUGCCAUUGAGAUGUUGGCAAAGAAAGUUGAUACUUUAACCAAGGCAAUGGAGGUUGAAGCCAAGAAGAUGAGGAGGGAGGUAGCUGUCAUGGAGAAGGAAGUAGCUGCCAUGCGUGUGGAUAAAGAACAUGAAAAUAGGGCCAAGCGAUUAGGAAAUUCCAAGGGUCCUGUGAACAUUUCUCAGCUCCUCCCAGUAAGAAAUAUAGCACGAGGUGGGUUAACGCGCAGCACUCAAUAACAAGAUGCCCCAAUUGCCACAUUAAGGAGUAACUCCGCAUAGACCUUGUCUGUAUUUUUGUUUCUUGUUUUCUAUCCUUUUGUGGUUGAUUAUAAAAUUGUAACUUACAUACCGAUGACUCUGUGGUCUCCAAGUAUGGCAAGAAAGGAAAUGUAUUUGCUAAGGGGACAAAGCCAGUGGAAGAAAUCGGUUUGCUUCUGACUUAGAAUGUUAUCCUUCUGCUUAGAAAUCAGCUAGAAAGAAACCAAGGAUAUUGAAGUUGAGCUAACCUUUUGGCAGAAAUGAUUUGAGUGGCAGUGGUUGUGUGGUUGUAUAGGUAGUUUGUUGGCAUUUCCCUGCUUUCCCCACUUUUUCCCCUCUUAUUUGCAGCCUGUAUUUGUAAUAUGCAGUUAGUGUGAUUGCUAUUGGUUCAGGUUUGUCGAUAUUCUUGUAAUCAGAUAAAGAUCCGAUUUUUUCAUGAUUAUGUUCUUAUUCAUCUACAGUUUCUCGAUGGCUGUCACAAUUCUGCACAUCUACUCUUUAAGAUAUGCUGCGAAUAUAAAAAGGGAAACUGGGGUAAAGUAAUCAGUUUGGACAACUGCAUGUGCUUGGAACUUCAAUCAUGUUGAAUAGGAGUGUUGUGUUGUCUUCAAGUUGUAUGAUAUUUAAAUGUUUACCACAAAUUUAUAUAAUAA